AUGGGCCGGGCCCAAGGAACAGGUUUCCGUGCAUACGAUCUUGAUGACCGUGAAAACGAUACAUACGAAAACGGUAUCGAGUAUUUGACUAUGGAGGAGAUUAAUGUGUUCGCGCGAGCCGCUGCUCUGGACACAAGGCCAGGCCAUCGCCGCAGGGCCAGCGACAUUCGCCACAUCUGGGAGGAGGAUCACAUUGACGGCUGCGACGAGUCACUUUCCUGGGACCAGCAGAAGACCUCAGCCAACUCCAUCUGGCAUCAGGACGCCAUCAUCACAGUCAUCGGUCCGGACGACAAGCCUCCCACAGUCUGUUGCUCCAACGCCUCUGAUACCACUAGCCCCAGUAUUGUCUACAACAAAUAUCAAAUCGUCACCGUUGGCCACACUAUUACCAACACUCAGUCCUGCUUCAAGCCAACCGAGUUCAGCUCAACCAAGCCCGGUGCAAUCAUGCUCGUACUUGUCGGCAUCGCUAUACUCGCCGCCGUGUUCUUCUUUAUCAAGAAGCGCGUCAACGGCGGAGGACAACCGAAGGCAAGGACAGAGUCAUUCGACUUCGAUCCACCUUCAAGGGCCAACCCAAACCUCUCGAAAGCCGAGGCAGCCGCCAUGGCAGAGCUUAUGAGAAUUGCAUAUCGGGUAGAGAACGAGGGUGACGAGUCGCGGGACGGCCGCGACUCUUACUAUCCAGGUCAGGAUACCAGCGAGAAAAUGCGACCCAGCGUUCUUGGCGGUCCAGAUGGCAUCGCUGGGGGCAUGGGGGUUACCACACCGUAUGACGAGAGCCGGCAAGCUAAUGGUGUCGCGCGCAUGCAGUCACUAGGCAGUGAGUCUGUCGCUCAGCUUGGGCUCAAACACCCUGUGGGACGCUGGGUGCAUAUCCAGAGAUCAGGUGCUGGGUCGGAAAGAGCAAGUGGUUAUGAUGUACCGGACGUACCUGCUGUGCCAGGCUUCCCAGAUCGGUACUCGACGUCAGAUCUGUACUCCGCGACGGCUCGCUGA